GAGCUUGGGGACAGAGCCAAGUUCCACAUUCACAAGCCAGAAACUGGAGGGAGAGAGGAGCAGGGAGACAGAAAAAGAGAGUGAGGGGACAGGAGGAAGCAAGGAAAAGAGGACAGCUGCCCGAGGAGGGAAGCAGGAGAACAGAGAAAGAGGCAGAAGGGAGAGGCAGAAACAGUCUUGGGUCAAAAGAGGAAGACCGAGGAGCAGACAGGCUACAAAAUGACAUUGCUCCUGUGGCUGUCAUCUUACUGGAGCAACAUCUCUGUGCUGGGAAUUUUCCUUACCAUCUUCACCUUGCUUCUUGAUUUCAUGAAGCGCAGAAAGAAGUGGAGGCAUUACCCGCCAGGCCCGAUGUCGCUGCCAUUCAUCGGGACCAUGCCGUACAUCGACUUCCACAACCCGCACCUCUCCUUCAACAAGUUUCAGAAGAAGUUCGGAAACAUCUUCAGCCUCCAGAACUGCUGGACCAACCUGGUAGUGCUGAAUGGGUACAAAACUGUGAAGGAAGCCCUGGUUCACAAAUCAGAUGACUUUGCUGACCGGCCGUACUUCCCAAUGUAUGAACAUGUGGGCUACAGAGAUAAAUCUGAAGGGAUUGUUGUAGCAAGAUAUGGGCACGUCUGGAAGGAGAUAAGGAAAUUCACACUCUCUACCUUGAGGGACUUUGGAAUGGGAAAGAAAUCCUUGGAGGAGCGAGUGACUGAGGAAGCAGGAUUCCUGUGCUCUGCAAUCAAAGCAGAAGAAGGUCGUCCUUUCGAUUUACGUUUUCUCGUAAACAAUGCAGUCUGCAAUAUGAUCUGCACCAUCAUCUAUGGAGAGCGUUUUGACUACGGUGAUGAGGUGUUCAGGAAAAUGGUAGCUUUGUUUGAAAACUCCCUGAGUGAAGAAGCUGGAUUCCUGACUCAGCUUCUUAACGUGAUGCCCAUUUUGUUGCGCAUCCCUGGACUGCCGCAGAAAGUCUUUCGAGGGCAAAAGGCAUACAUGGACUUCAUAGACGUUCUCAUACAAAAGCACAUGGAGACCUGGAACCCUGAAUACACCCGUGAUUUCACUGAUGCAUUUUUAAAGGAAAUGUCAAAGGGUAAGGAGGCUGAAGAGAAUGGUUUCAAUUACAACAACCUUCGUCUGGUGACCGCAGACUUGUUUGCAGCUGGUUCUGACACCACCUCCACCACCCUCCGGUGGGCAUUUCUGUACAUGCUUUUGCACCCAGAAACGCAGAGUAAAAUCCACAAAGAGAUUGAUAUGGUGAUUGGAAGAGAGAGGUCACCUACCAUGAUGGACCAAGUGAACAUGCCCUACACCAAUGCCGUGAUCCAUGAGGCACAGCGCUGUGGGGACAUCACUCCUGUUGGGCUACCUCACAUGACAUACCGGGACACCGAGCUUCAAGGUUACUUCAUUCCCAAGGGGACAACAGUCAUCACCAACUUGUCUUCCGUGCUGAAGGAUGAGUCAGUCUGGAAGAAGCCAAAUGAGUUUUACCCCGAACACUUCCUGGACGUGAACGGGCAGUUUGCGAAACCGGAGGCCUUCAUGCCUUUCUCAGCAGGUCGACGUGUCUGCCUGGGUGCACAGCUGGCCAGGAUGGAGCUCUUCAUCUUCUUCACCACUCUCCUGCAGAAAUUCACCUUCAUGCUCCCCGAGGAUCAGCCCAGGCCACGGAAGGAUGGCCACUUUGCCCUCAUAAACUCGCCAUACCCAUUCAAGCUGCGAGCUAUCCCAAGAUAAGUGCACACCGUUCCCCUUUCACUCAGAGACCACUGCAAACGCUGUCAGAAAUGUUGCAGGUCUAGGCAGGAUGGUGCCAAGUUCCACUUAAGACCACCUAAAUCUGUGCAGAUGUCCCUAGCAGUGUAAAGAAGGCUGUAGCCCAACAAUAUAGCUUAGCUUAAUUCCAGUCUUGGAUCCUGAAUCACACAGCCAUAGCAUGUUACAGGUGAUGGUCAUAUUUGCGAGUACAUGUAUAACCAAUAAACCAGUUCUGCUGUACUUUGGGCUCUCAUUGCAGAAACAGUUUACUGAGCACAAGGCUACUGAGAGGGUAUUAGCCCUGGCUUAUUGUGUACUGAAAUACGAAGGUAUCUGGGGUGAAAGAUAACCCUGGGGUCCUGCCAAUUUUAGGAGGAAAAACAAACAAACAAACAAACCUCAGAACAAUUUGUAAAGAGCUCCUGACCACCUCCCUUCCCUGCUAGCCCCACUGCUCCUCAGCCACUGUCUGCCUCCCUGCUGUGCCUCUGCCUGCCUCUCUCCGGGUGCUCAGGGCAGCUCAGCUCUGGCUUGGUUCCUGCAAAAAACAUCCACGGCCGAUCAGCUGCUUUGGCAAGCGCUAGUGGUGGGCAGGGCGAGAGCUACAGCUCUGACCGGGCAACGUUGCCCUGAGGGACGACACAGAGCAGUGCCCCUGAAAAAACACAACCAUCCUACAAACAUGUAAUCCCUUCAUUACUUCAUAUUUAUUGCAUACUGCUGUUUAUUCCACACAUACUGCAUUGCCUUCAUUUACAGCCCCAAAGAAAGUAAAUUUUAAUCCAGAGAAGUGCCUGACAACCCUUAUGUUAUGCUAUGCCUUAAGCAGGAGGAAAUACCAAAAAGGAGUACAUAAAUAAUCAGUAUGAUGUCUCAGCCACAGAAGCAGGUAAUUUCUGAAAUGCAGAAAUUCCGACAUAUCUAUUUCAAGAGGAACUGUGGUGCUUAGGUUUACCAUCUCCUAUCUAAAUAGCCCCUCGAAACAGCUUUUCUUCAGCGUUACAUAAAGUCAGUUCUCGGGCAGGUUUGGCACGAUGCCAUGGAGUUACAUUGCUUGAAAGUUAGAUGUAGAUUUCAGAGCUGGCUUUCUUUUUCUUCCUGCAAUAUUUCUGACCAAUUGUUUCGCAAGGUUUGCAAAACGAUUAAGGUUUGAUGUUCAGACUCAUCCUUAAAAAUAUUAAGGUUUGAUGUUCAGACUGGUAGUAACUAAUAUAAAGGAGCCUCUGUGCAUAAUCACAACUAAAAA